ACCCAAGUCCGUAUAAGUGUUACCAUGAGUAGGCUGGACUUGAGGAACUUCCUGACGAGUCCUGGCCAAGACUUCACUACGACUGUGAGGUAUCUUUUCAACAUACAUUUCAAGAACAUUGAGGGUGAUUAACCCCCUAUAUUCUUCCGGCGCCCUCAAAUAUUCCCUCAAAGACUCAUCAUCAAUGAUAUUCCACUCCCCAUAAAGCACUAAACCUUGCGGUGCAAUGGAUAUUGGAUAUCUGCCUAUUACAGAUAAUCCAUAGUCACGAUUACUUUUCAUUCUUUUGUGUAUGGCAUUGAGUAAUGUUUCGUAAUCCAAGGUAGUUGGAAACUUAACAUGGUAUUGUGGUUUAAUAUUAUAACGAGCAGUAUUAUUAUCAUGAAGAAUCUCUCCAUCCCAAAAUAAAGAAAGCUUAACAGUUGAAGGAGGAGAGCCCAUUUUUUUCAUGAACUUUGGAGUUGGAUUUUUUUUUUCAAUAACUUGAAAAAAGAUGACUUGAACUUAUGAAAUGGAUGAGUCUUUACCUCAUCCAAAAUUCAUAUUAAAUAGAAAAAACGUGAGCUAAAAGUGAACAUUUAAAAAACGUGGGCUGCUAAAUAAUAAUACCUAUUGCGCAAGAAUUUCCUGCGCAAAAGGUAGUAUUGUAACUUUUUUUUUAGUGGAUAUUUUGGAUCAAAAUCCCACUUUGUGGGUCAAUUAAGUUGCGGACUCGGCUUUCUUUAUGACUGUUUCCUAUUGCAGCAACUCCGGACUCUGAUCUCUUCUCUCUUCUCCAGCGACUCAAAUCUGUCCCACUCAGCGGCUUAAUCAGACAGUUUGUAUAGCCUACAAGCAUAGGUGAACUUGCCCAUAGAAGUUGGAGCAUAUGGGCUCACACUAAGUGUCCUAGUUGCGAUUCAGACCUAGGAUCUUGAGUGUUAUUGCAGAUAAUCAUGAUGCGCCAUUUGUCAAGUAGUGUAUCAAAGAGAAUGCAUUCUUCUGUGAUUGCUUGCUAUAGAAAUGGUUCUUCUUCCUCUAUGGUUUCAAAACAACCAUACAGAAGCUCAGUCCUGCAACAGAUUGUUGACAAGUCACCACGAAAUGUUAUUCCUAGUGAUUUCUUGAAAUGGCGUUCGCUUGGUUCCAUUAGGACAUCAAAAUUUGCCUCUGGCUUCAACCCGUUGAAGCAAAAGCCCUUGGACUCUAUUAUUGACAUGGAGAGGGCAAAGAACAAAUCAGCUGAAGAGCUAGCCGACAUUUGGGAUGAUUAUCACUUGGGAAGAGGUCACAUCGCAGCAUCAAUGAAAGCUAAGUUAUAUAAGCUCUUGGAGCAAAAAGCUUCAAGUUGCCGGUAUUUUGUGAUUCCGCUAUGGAAGGGAAGUGGUUACACAACAAUGUUUGUGCAAGUGCAGGCGCCACACAUACUAAUCACAGGUCUAGAAGAUUACAAGGCAAGAGGAACUCAAGCUGCUCCAUACUUCACAAUUACUUACUACACUGAAUUUGCUGAAAGCAAGGAUCUCGUUCUUGUUCGAGGGGACAUUGUCUUUACUAGCAAGCUCACUGACUCGGAGGCAAAAUGGCUUUUGGACACUGUACAAUCCUUUUACUUGAAUGAUGUCAGGUACAAACUAGUGGAGCGCUUUAACAGAGAAACGAGAGAGUUCGAGUUCAAAGAUGUUUUACAAACUUUGGAGAUGCCUAUAUUGUGAUCAAAAUAUCCGAUUUUCUGUCAUGAGAGCAAUCAGAAGAAAUGGAGUUUGAUCGUGAAGGAUCGUUCAGAAAUCAGCAACGGUAGGAUUGUAGUUUUCCUUGCCAUUCUGACAGGCAAUCGUGUCUGUCCAGCAUAAUGACUGUAUUGCAUUAGCUUAACAAUCUUUACUAAUUUUCAUUUCAUUGAGGCAAAGUCGAGUAUCUUCAGUGUUUGGAUUUACCAAAAAAAAAAAAAAAAUUGAAAAGGGCUGGUGGUGCUGUGUGGAAGUUCUUAAAGAAAACUUCCAAUUAUCAGGAGAUUUUGUGGAGCUGCAACAAACUUGAGAGACAAUAUCAAUAAAUGUGAAUUUAGGUCCUCAAAUUCUUUUAACA